AUGGCUCCCGGUCCCGUCGCAGAAUCUGCCCCUCAAGCCCCGCACUUGCACCCCUCCAAGGCUCAGCAACAGCCCGUCGACACCAGCGUUUUCCCCGACGGCCUCAAGACUUCUGGCCAACAUCCUCCCCUCUACGACCUCCUUCAUCCUUACGAGGACUUUCCCAAGGAGAUUCAGGGCCCGACAGUAUGGAAGGCCGAUGAUUACAAAAACAACCCUGAGCGAUGGACUCAUCCUUUCAGUGAAGAGGAGGUCGCCGAGCUUGACAAGGCCGCCGAUGCCUUCCUCGCUGCCGGCCACCCCCUCACUGCCAUGUCCAAGGAGCUUUUCCCUCUCCCCGAGCUGUCCAAGAGAAUGAUUGCUCUUCGCAACGAGCUGCUUAAUGGCAAGGGCUUCAUUCUCUUCAAGGGCUUCCCCGUUCAGCGCUGGGGCGUCCACAAGUCGGCCGUCGCGUACAUGGGCCUUGGUACCUACCUUGGAUACUUCGUUUCGCAGAAUGGUCGUGGUCACGUUCUGGGCCAUGUCAAGGACGUUGGUGAUGACCCGACCCAGAUCGACUCGGUCCGUAUCUACAGGACGAAUGCCCGCCAAUUCUUCCACGCCGACGACUCGGACAUUGUCGGCUUGCUGUGCAUUGCCCGUGCUCUUGAGGGAGGCGAGUCUGACCUUGUUUCCUCGCAUCACGUCUGGAACACACUCCAGCAGGAGCGUCCCGACGUUGCCAGGACGCUUACGGAGCCUAUCUGGUACUUCGACCGGAAGGGCGAGACAAGUGUCGGCGAGGAGGAAUGGAUCAAGACAAGCAUCUUCUACUUGGAAACCGGCGAGAACCCCAGAGUAUACUCCAAGUGGGACCCUUACUACGUCCGCUCGCUCACCCGUUUCUCGGACAAGGGCCUCAUUCCCCCGCUUUCCGAGGCCCAGCAGGAGGCCAUAAAGGUACUCGAGGACACGUGCCUGCGUCUCUCGCUGCACAUGAUCCUCGAGAUUGGCGACAUCCAAUUUCUGUCCAACGAGCACGUUCUGCACGCCCGUACUGCCUACAAGGACUACCCUCCUCCUGCACCCCGCCGCCACCUGCUGCGCCUGUGGCUCAGCACUCCCGAGAGUGAGGGUGGCUGGCGUCUGCCCUUCCACGACUCGGAUAACAAGAAGCGUGGCGGCAUUCAGGUAAAUGAUACCCCACCAAGGGCCCCUGAUGAUGCCGAGUAG